AUGCCAUUUGAGGGAACUUGUCCCUGGAUUUGCUUGACAGCAGUGGCAAAAGAUGGUAACAACAACUUGUUUCCUGUAGCUUGGGCUAUUGUGGAAACUGAAAAUGCAGAGACUUGGGAGUGGUUUAUAGAGCUACUUGUCACUUACCUGGGAAAUGUGGGUCAAGAUGUGACAUGGAAAAGACAAGGAGUGGAGCCUGUGACAUUUAUGUCUGACAGACAAAAGGGGCUAUUAGAAGCAUUCAACAAGGUCAUUCCCAGGGAUGAAAUAAGGUUUUCCUGCAGACAUAUUUGGGCCAAGUUCAAAUUGAAGUUCCCUAGUCAGCUAUAUAAGCAAUAUUUUUACAUGGCUGCAAGAUCCACAACAAAGUUUCAUUUCAACCAACAAAUGGAAGCUAUCAAAGUGUUGUCAGUAGAUGCUUUUAAUUAUUUAAACAACAUUCCAGCUUGCCAUUGGUCAAGACAUGCAUUUAGUAGUAGAUGCAAAUCUGGAAUGUUGCCCAAUAAUUGCUGUGAGAGCUUCAACAAUGUCAUAAGGGAAGCUAGGUCCAUGCCUAUAUUAGGAAUGCUAGAGUGGAUAAGAAGGUGGCUUAUGAGAAGGUGUUGUGCAAAGAGAGAUGGGCUAAAGCAGUUUGAUAGUUUGAUCAUGCCCUCAGUGGUCAAAAUGCUUGCAUUGCUAAGCGAAGAUACAACUUGGAGGACUAUGUGCACCCAGCAUAUCAUGUUGCCACAUAUGCUAAGUCAUAUGCCCCCUCCUUUCACCACAUGCCUGGAAAAAAAUCAAUGGCCACAAACCACCUUCCCAGAGCCACUCCCACCUGCUUUUAAGAAGCUUCCAAGAAGACCUAAGGGCAAGAAGAGAAUAAAGGAGCCAGGGGAGGGAGAAGAAGCUAACUAUGUUCAAAGUCAGAAGAAGCAAAUCAUGUGUAAGAACUGUGGUCAGUUUGGGCAUUACCAAAAGACAUGUAAAAAUCCACAUGUCCCACCACCACCACCACCACCACCUCCUGUCAACAAGGGUGGUAGACCAAAGAAGGGAGCCCCUUAA